ACAUGUGCCCCACCUCUGCAGUUGGGACCUGAGCGUGCCUUUCAGGAGACGUGUUGGUAACAGUGGGGCGGUGAGGGCAGAAACUAGCCCGGUGUAGCGAAGUCAUUAUCGGUUCAUAUUUAGUAGUAAAAACGGAGAACCGUGCCAUGACAAUUCCUCACAGUGUAGUGAAUCCGACCAGGAAGCGGGAAACGUGCCCUUGAACAGGUUUCGUCGAUGUGAACAACAGCCUUGGUUCGCAAUGGAGAACAAAGCAAAUGGGACCCGUUCGUCGCACCACUUUCCAGGCACCAGCAACACUGCAAAAGACCGAAUUCAGAGGGUGGAUCCUUACGGGUUUGAGAGGCCAGAAGACUUUGAUUACGAGUCUUACGAGGAGCUGAUGUCAGAGUAUCUGGCCGUCCUCACCAGGAGGUCCAUAAAGUGGUCAAAACUCUUACAAGGGCACAACAAGGUGGAGAGGAGCCUGAAAGUGAAGCGGUAUGUACGGAAGGGCAUUCCCAAUGAGCACCGUGCCCUCAUCUGGAUGCUAGCCAGUGGGGCCCAGGAGAGAAUGGAGAGAAACCCAGGGUACUACCACAAGCUGCUGGAGGCAGAGCAUGAUGACAAGCUAGUGGAUACCAUUCGCACAGACCUGCACAGGACCUUUCCAGACAACGUUCAGUUCCGCAAAACCUCUGACCCCUGCCUACAGAAGACCCUGUUCAAUGUGCUGGUGGCCUAUGGACACCACAACAAGGCCGUGGGAUACUGCCAGGGCAUGAACUUCAUCUCAGGCUACCUCCUCAUCAUCACCAAAGAUGAGGAGAAGUCCUUCUGGCUGCUGGAUGCCCUGCUGGGUCGGAUACUACCUGAUUACUACGCCACGGCUAUGCUGGGGCUGAAGACGGACCAGGAGGUUCUGGGGGAGCUGGUGAGGGUCAAGGUCCCCGCUGUGUGGCAGGUCAUGCAUGAGCAAGGCGUGAUGUGGACACUGGUGGUGUCGCGCUGGUUCAUCUGCUUGUUCAUUGACGUCUUGCCUGUGGAGACAGUGCUGCGGAUUUGGGACUGCCUUUUCUACGAGGGCUCCAAGAUCAUCUUCCGUGUGGCGCUGACCCUCAUAAAGCACAACCAGGCACGCAUCCUGCAGGCCAGGAGCUUCCCUGACGUGUGCGACCGCUUCAAGGACCUCACCAAGGGGGGCUUCGUGGAGAACUGCCACGCCUUUAUGCAGAGAAUCUUCACUGAGCCCGGAAGCUUAUCCAUGGCAACCAUCAACAGGAUGCGGGAGAGGUGCCGAGCACAAAUCGUGGCUCAGGAAUCGUGACCUUGCCCCGCCCCUCUACCCCCUACCCCCACGGACAGACACUGAAACAUUCCAAACUCUGAUUUGCACUAAGUGUAAAGAUUUACGCGUUUUCAGCACACACGUACACAGAAUCAAACACAGAUGUGUGCACGCAGAACCACAGCAGUCCCAUGACUGAAGAUUCCAGGUGGCGUUUUUCCUAACAGGUGAAUUCAAUCUUAAAGAGUGGCGGUAGGCAUCUUACUAAAUUUGAAAGCUGUUAACUAUAUUUUCAUAACUUUGCACUUUUUAGCAUAUAUUUUUGGGUAAUUCUCAUGGUGUAAUGAAGCUGUAACAUGGCAUGAAGUAGCCCUGGGAAGGUACUGUGAUUUAUUAUUUUCCAGAUCCGCUAUAAGGAACAGCUCUGAUGUGCUGAUAAGGUGUUGGUACCUCAACAUCAGGGGACAUAUAGAUUAGAAAACGUGGAACAGGGGGCACAACUCUAGUAUCCUUAAGUAAUGAAUGUAAUCAUAAAGCCUUGCUCACCAACAGAAAGGCUAACCUGCUGAGCUAUUUUCUGACCUUAACUGCACAAUCUAAAUCCUUUCUCGAUUAGUGUUGCUAAAACAUCAUGGAGAAGGAAGUGGGUAUGAGGAUGUUGAUUUUUUUUGUCAGCAAUAUGAAAGUCUGAAUGCAAUAAACUGAUCGUCACAACCUACAUUCACAUUAGAAUCACAA